ACUAACGCAGUCUCAUAAGCUUGAUAAACAUACACGAUGACUGGUAACUGGCACAAGGUUUAUGAAACAGAACACCCGUUAAAACGACUGUGGUUCUUCGGCCCCGCAAGGAUAAGGCUACAGUUAGGCCAAUUGAAACAGUGUUGUUAGUACAGUCUGCAAAUAGGAUGGCCAGCAAGUUCGCAGGAAAAGUCGUUUUAGUUACAGGUGCUUCAAAAGGAAUAGGCGCAGAAAUCGCAAAACAGUUUGCAAACGAAGGCGCUGUGUUGUCAAUAACUGGUAGAGAUACAGCAGCAUUAAGUCAAGUGGCUAACGAAUGUAGGGCAAAACAAUCGAAUGAGGUACUGGAAAUAGUCGCGGAUUUAUGCGACGAAGAGCAAGCAGCCAACGUUGUUCAACAGACCGUGGAAAAACUAGGCAAGCUUGAUGUGCUAGUAAACAAUGCGGGUAUUUGCUUGCCUGGCAAAAUCGAAGAGGCAACUCUGAAAAAUUUUGACCAAUUGUUUAAUAUCAACGUACGGUCUAUGUUUCAUCUCACUCAACUCGCAGUACCUCAUUUGAAAAAAGUAAAAGGAAAUAUUGUAAAUAUAUCAAGCAUAUGCAGUACAGGACAAUACACGAGGCUACUACUGUACAAUAUGACAAAGGCGGCAGUGGACCAGUUUACCAAAACUAUCGCAUUGGAACUGGCCCCUGCUGGAGUUAGAGUGAAUGCAGCUAAUCCUGCAAGCGUAAAAACGACAAUAUAUGCGAAUGCGUAUACACCCAAGGACUUGGAAGCAUAUUACGAAAAAGCGAAGUCGUUUCACCCACUCGGUCGAAACGUUGAAGCAAAGGACGUAGCAGAUGCUGUACUGUACUUGGCAUCAGAUUCAGCCAAAAUGGUCACGGGCACAUGUCUAAUGGUAGACGGAGGACGACUAUUAAAUUCAACGUAGUCUGAUGAUUUUAAACGGUCUUAAGAAUAAAUAUUGGUGAUUCAAUAUGUUAUAUUGCUGCGAUAUUUCUCGUUGUGACGUGUGUUAUGACAUUAGUAAGAAUAAAACGUCAUGCAAAU